AUGCUUGACGCCGUCGUCUCUGGAGGCUACAGCACCUCUGGUGCGAGAGAGAUCCUCCCCCAGAACGUGAAGCCCCUUCACUAUGAUCUAUCCCUGGAGCCUGAUUUUGAGAAAUUCAAAUUCGAGGGUACCGUCUCUAUCCUCUUGGAUGUGUUUGAGACCUCGAAAGAGAUCACUCUCAACUCCCUUGAGAUUGACAUCCACUCCGUCGUGCUCACCCUCCCCGGUGACAAGCUCGUGUCCCUCCACUCCUCUGAGACCAAUGAUGACCAGCAGACCGUCAAGUUCAUCUUCAAUGAGUACUUCACCGCCGGUUCGCAGGUCAAGCUCACCAUUGACUUCACCGGAAUCCUGAACGACAAGAUGGCCGGUUUCUACCGCUCUUCAUACACCGCCGAGGACGGAUCGACAAAGUACAUGGCCACCACGCAGAUGGAGCCCACUGACUGUCGUCGUGCCUUCCCCUGCUUCGAUGAGCCCGCUCUUAAGGCCACCUACGCAAUCACCUUGAUCGCCGACAAGAACCUCACCUGCCUGUCAAACAUGAACGAUAUCGCUACCAAGGACCUUGGCAACGGCAAGAAGGCCGUCUCCUUUGCCAACACCCCGCUCAUGUCGACUUACCUGCUCGCUUUCAUUGUCGCCGAUUUGCGCUAUGUCGAGACCACCUGGUUCCGUAUCCCUGUCCGCGUUUACGCCACUCCCGGAAACGAGAGCCAGGGUGUCUUCUCCUGCGAGCUUGCGGCCAAGACCAUCAAGUUCUUCGAAGAGACCUUUGACAUGCCCUACCCUCUUCCCAAGAUGGAUAUGGUUGCCAUUCCCGAUUUCUCGGCCGGUGCUAUGGAGAACUGGGGUUUGAUCACUUACCGUGUCGUCGACUUGCUCUUCGAUGAGGAGACCUCCGGCGCUGCCACUAAGCAGCGUGUUGCCGAAGUCGUGCAGCACGAACUCGCUCACCAGUGGUUCGGAAACUUGGUUACCAUGGACUGGUGGGAGGGCCUAUGGCUCAACGAGGGUUUCGCUACCUGGAUGUCGUGGUUCUCCUGCAAUGAGUUCUACCCUGACUGGAAGGUGUGGGAGUCAUACGUCACCGACAACCUCCAGGCUGCUCUCCGUCUUGAUGGAUUGCGUUCCUCGCAUCCCAUUGAGGUCCCCGUCAAGCGUGCCGAUGAGAUCAACCAGAUCUUUGACGCUAUCUCCUACUCCAAGGGAUCCUGCGUCUUGCGAAUGGUCUCCAAGUUCCUCGGAGAAGACGUCUUUAUCGCCGGUAUCCGCAAGUACCUCAAGAAGCACAAGUACGGCAACACCCAGACUGGUGACUUGUGGGCCGCUCUUUCAGAGGUUUCUGGCAAGGAUGUCUCUGCUUUGAUGGACUCCUGGACCAAGCAGGUUGGAUACCCUGUUCUGACCGUGACUGAGGCUGCCGAUGGCAAGAGCAUCACCGUCCGCCAAAACAGAUUCCUGACCUCGGGUGACGUCAAGCCUGAGGAGGAUGAGACCAUUUUCCCCGUUUCGCUCGGCUUGAGAACGAAGAAGGGCGUCGAUGAGGAGUUGAUGCUCAACACUCGCGAGGCCACUUUCCCCGUCGACACUGGCUUCUACAAGAUCAACGCUGACCACUCUGGCAUCUACCGCACUGCGUACUCUGCCGACCGUCUCGCCAAGCUUGGAAAGGCUGCGCAGGAGGGUCUUCUCAGUGUUGAGGAUCGCGCUGGACUUGUCGCUGACACCGGUGCUCUUGCCGCCAGCGGCUACGCUUCCACCACUGGUCUCCUGAACCUCAUUUCCGGAUGGAAGAACGAGCAGGAGUUUGUGGUCUGGGAUGAGAUCACUGCUCGCAUCGGCGCUAUCCGCAGCGCGUGGAUGUUUGAGGAUGAAGCUGUCAAGGAGGCGCUCAAGAAGUUCCAGCGCGACCUUGUUGCGCCCAAGGCUUCUUCCCUCGGCUGGCAGUUCGAUGCCAACGUUGGCCAUGUCGAGCAGCAGUUCAAGGCUCUCAUGUUUGGCUCUGCUGGAACUGCUGGCGACGAGACUGUCGUUGCUGCUGCCAAGGACUUGUUUGCCCGCUUCGCUGCUGGAGAUAAGAAGGCUAUCCACCCUAACUUGAAGGGAUCUGUCUUUGCCAUCGCGCUGCAGAACGGCGGUGAGGCCGAGUGGGAGGUUAUCCACAACACUUACCUCAACCCCAUCAACACUUCGGAGAAGAACACUGCUCUGCGUUCGCUUGGCCGGACAAAGAACCCCAAGCUGAUCCAGAAGACUCUCGACAUGAUUCUCGACGGCAGUGUCCGUACUCAGGACUGCUACCUGCCCAUGGGCGGUCUCCGCACCACUGUCGAGGGAACCCGUGCUCUCUGGGCCUGGGUUGAGGCGCACUGGGACGAGCUCGAGAAGCUUCUUCCUCCUGGUCUGUCGAUGCUUUCUUCGGUCGUUUCGCUUGCGACCGGAGGAUUCGCUAAGGAGGCUGAUGUCGAUGAUAUUGUCAAGUUUUUCGAGUCCCGCAACACGAAGGGAUACGACAAGGGUCUUGCGCAGUCGCUUGAAAGCGUGCGGUCAAAGAUUAAGUGGAUCGAGCGUGAUGGCGAGAACGUCAAGGCUUGGUUGAAGGAGCAUGGAUAUCUCGCUUGA